AUGCAGAGACCACCUCCUGAAGAUUUCUCCUUGAAGGAGACAAAACCAUUUCUCGGUGGAGGCAAAAUCACCGGAGAUAAGCUCACGACCACCUAUGACCUUGUCGAGCAAAUGCAGUAUCUCUAUAUUCGUGUCGUAAAGGCCAAAGAUUUACCAGGUAAAGACUUAACCGGUAGCUGUGAUCCUUACGUUGAAGUGAAGCUUGGUAACUACAAAGGUACAACAAGACAUUUCGAGAAGAAAUCGAAUCCUGAAUGGAAUCAAGUUUUCGCCUUUUCUAAAGAUAGGCUUCAAGCUUCUUUCCUUGAAGCUACUGUGAAAGAUAAAGAUGUUGUUAAAGAUGAUUUGAUUGGUCGUGUUGUGUUUGAUUUGAAUGAGAUUCCUAAGAGAGUACCUCCUGAUAGUCCUUUAGCUCCACAAUGGUAUAGAUUAGAAGAUAGGAAAGGGGAAAAAGUUAGAGGAGAGCUUAUGUUAGCUGUUUGGUUUGGUACUCAAGCUGAUGAAGCUUUCCCUGAAGCUUGGCAUUCAGAUGCUGCAACUGUUAGUGGAACCGAUGCUUUAGCUAAUAUCAGGUCUAAGGUUUAUCUGUCUCCUAAGCUUUGGUAUCUUAGGGUAAACGUUAUCGAAGCUCAGGAUUUGAUACCGAGCGAUAAAGGAAGAUAUCCUGAGGUUUAUGUGAAGGUGAUAAUGGGGACUCAAGCAUUGAGGACUAGAGUGUCACAAAGCAGGAGUCCUAACCCAAUGUGGAAUGAGGAUUUGAUGUUUGUUGUAGCUGAGCCGUUUGAAGAGCCUUUGAUUCUAAGCGUGGAAGAUCGAGUUGCGCCGAAUAAAGAUGAGGUCUUGGGGAGAUGCGCGGUUCCGUUGCAGUAUUUGGACAGGAGGUUUGAUUAUAAACCAGUGAACAGCAGGUGGUUUAACCUCGAGAAGCAUGUUAUCUUGGAAGGAGGAGAGAAGAAAGAGAUCAAAUUCGCCAGCAAGAUUCACAUGAGGAUUUGUUUGGAAGGCGGGUAUCAUGUGCUCGAUGAAUCUACUCAUUACAGUAGUGAUCUUAGACCAACUGCAAAGCAACUGUGGAAGCCUAACAUCGGUGUGCUUGAGCUAGGGAUCCUGAAUGCGACGGGUUUAAUGCCUAUGAAAGCUAAAGAAGGUAGGGGAACCACGGAUGCGUAUUGUGUGGCAAAGUAUGGGCAGAAAUGGAUUAGAACUCGGACAAUCAUUGAUAGCUUUACCCCGAGAUGGAACGAGCAAUAUACUUGGGAGGUUUUUGAUCCGUGUACUGUUCUUACUGUUGGUGUGUUUGAUAACUGCCAUCUACACGGUGCUGACAAGAACAAUGGAGGAGGAGGAAAAGAUUCAAGAAUUGGGAAGGUAAGGAUAAGGCUCUCUACUCUCGAGACUGAUCGAGUCUACACACAUUCAUAUCCUCUUUUGGUGUUACAUCCUAGUGGAGUCAAGAAAAUGGGAGAGAUUCACUUAGCUGUGAGGUUUACUUGCUCUUCAUUGCUCAACAUGAUGUACAUGUAUUCGCUACCUCUCUUACCAAAGAUGCAUUACCUUCACCCUCUCACUGUUAGCCAGCUCGAUAACUUGAGGCAUCAAGCGACUCAGAUUGUGUCAACGAGGCUGACCCGAGCAGAACCACCGCUGAGGAAAGAAGUUGUUGAGUACAUGCUUGAUGUGGGUUCUCACAUGUGGAGUAUGCGUAGAAGCAAGGCGAAUUUCUUCAGGAUAAUGGGAGUUUUGAGCGGGUUAAUCGCGGUAGGGAAAUGGUUUGAACAGAUCUGCGUAUGGAAGAAUCCGAUAACAACUGUUUUAAUCCACGUUUUGUUCAUCAUCCUUGUUGUCUAUCCCGAACUCAUCUUACCCACCAUUUUCCUCUACCUCUUCUUGAUUGGAGUUUGGUACUACCGCUGGAGGCCGAGGCAUCCUCCACACAUGGACACACGUCUCUCACACGCUGACUCAGCUCACCCAGAUGAGCUCGACGAGGAGUUCGACACUUUCCCUACUUCCCGACCAGCAGACAUCGUCAGGAUGAGAUACGACAGGCUAAGGAGUAUUGCAGGGAGGAUUCAGACAGUGGUCGGUGAUCUUGCAACUCAAGGAGAGAGAUUCCAAUCGUUGCUAAGCUGGCGUGAUCCGCGUGCUACUGCUCUCUUCGUCUUGUUCUGUUUGAUAGCUGCAGUGAUUCUCUAUGUAACUCCCUUUCAGGUCGUGGCUCUUCUCAUUGGCUUGUAUGUGCUUAGACACCCGAGGCUCCGAUACAGGCUCCCAUCUGUUCCACUCAACUUCUUCAGGAGGCUUCCGGCAAGGACUGAUUGCAUGCUCUGA